GAAAGCCAACAUUUACAAAUUGUCAGUGGCGAGCCAGACCUGUCAACGAGUUAUGAGCGUGGAGCGUAUUUUCGAUGAGUUUGGACACUUCAAAAGGUUCCAGGCAUGUCUGUACUUUGCUGCUGUCUUCCAGGCCAUAGCCUGUGGAAUCCACUACCUGGCCUCCGUGUUCCUCGUGGAGAGGCCAAACUUUGUCUGUGCUCCGCCAGGUAACAUCACUGACGUCCUGUAUGGGAACCACACUGGUGCUUCCCUGGAGGAGGUGCUACCAUUCUUCAAACCGGCGAACGGGCCCAUGGUGGUCCGAACGACUGUGGGCCAACAGUGGGAGCUUAGCACCUGCCAGCGCACUCAGCGGAUGAACCCCACAGACUUUACCUACGAGCAGGUCGUCAACAGGACGACGGAAAAGUGUGACUGGAACUACCAUUACGUGUACGACCACAGUGAGGUGUAUCAGAGCAUUGUGACGGACUGGGACCUGGUGUGUGACAGGGAAUGGCUGGCCAAGCUGUGUCAGCCCACGUUUAUGAUGGGGGUGCUGGUUGGAGCACUGGUGUUCGGGGACAUCGCUGAUAGGGUUGGCAGACGGAGGAUCCUUAUGAUCACCAGCCUCUGCCAGUUUGUGUUUGGUGUAAGCGUGGCAUUCAUGAGAAACUACUACCUAUUUAUGGUCAUCCGCUUCCUGCUCGCCAUGGUGUCCAGCGGUUACCUUGUGGUGGUGUUUGUGUACGUGACCGAGUUCACCGGCAACAAGGUACGCACGUGGACCUCCAUGCACGUGCACGCCGCCUUUGCCGCAGGCGUCAUGAUGGUGGCGAUCACGGGCUACCUAGUGCGUACCUGGUGGAUCUACCAGAUCAUCCUCUCCACCUGCACCUCGCCCUUUCUCUUCUUCUGCUGGAAGUUUCCAGAGACACCCUUCUACCUGAUGGCUAAGGGGAGGCUCCAGGAGACCCAGGUCCUGUUGGAUUCCAUAGCCCGCUUCAACGGCCUGGAGCCUGGCCGCCUGAGGGCCGAGGACCUCCUGGAACCCAAGGAGGCUCUGCUGGAGCAGGAGGUGGUACCGGGAAGAGCCCAGCCAGCGGAGCCCGAGAGAAAGCUGAGCAUCCUGGACCUGUUUGGGACAUGGAGGAUGACCUGGAGGACAGUGACAGUGUGGGCAGUGUGGUUCAUUGGCAGCCUGGGCUACUACGUCUUCUCCCUGGGCUCCGUCAACCUGGGUGGCAACCAGUACAUCAACCUCUUCCUGGCUGGUGCAGUGGAGUUCCCUUCCUACCUGAUUGGCUGUUAUGCGAUGGACCGGGUGGGCAGGAAGAGGACAUGUGCCCCAGCUCUGCUGCUGGCUGGAACGGCCUGCAUGCUCAUCAUUGUGGUGCCAAAUGACAUUGAGGUGUUAGUCAUCAUCCUCAGUAUGACAGGGAAGUUUGCCAUUGCCAUAGCCUUUGGUCUCAUCUACCUCUACACCUGUGAGCUCUACCCAACUAUCAUCAGGUCCCUGGCGGUGGGCAGUGGCAGUAUGAUGUGUCGUGUGGGCAGCAUCGUGGCUCCUUUCUGUGUCUACCUAGCUGACAUCUGGCAAUACCUACCACAGCUGAUUGUGGGGAUCCUGGCGUUUAUAAUAGGUGUUCUGACCCUGUUGUUACCAGAGACCCUGGGUGAGCCCUUGACCAGCACCAUGGAGGAGGCUGAGGCUCUAGGCAGGAAGAGUAGCCCUGAUCAGGGAAAGAAAGACCCUGAGGAGGGGGUGGAGAUGAACUAGAUCCAGAGCAACUAGUUGGACGGCAAGCCCUGAGGGAUACACCUCAACACCAACCAGAGAGAAGGAGGUGGCCAUGGAUAGAGAGGGGGUAGGAAGUGGAGGAGAGUGAGAAGGAGAGAGACUACUGGAAGCGAUGCCAAGAAACCAACAAAACAAACAACCGCAAAAACAAACAACAUCGAAUUUGGAGCCUUAAUAGAACUUUUUGUAAUAAAGUGUUUUUUUUCUUCAUUUGUUCGGCAAAGUGGCCAAUUUCAGAGCUGGUAUGCUCUGGUUGAGCCAACCAACCGCAGCCAACCUCUGAGUUCCUUGGCUGCAGCUGUUCAGACAGAAACAGAGGGAAGCGAAGUGAAGGCCCUUUAUUCACCACAUCUCAGCCUCCUGAUGAGAGCCACAUGAAACUGAGCCUCAUGUUUCGACAUUCACGUCACGUGUGCCUUCCAAUCACAGCCACUAAUGAAUGUGUGUGCGGGAGAUUGAGAGUGAGAAAGAAAGAGUGUGCAGGUUCUAUGAAAGAAGUGUGUGUGCAUGCAUGUGUGCGUGCAUGCCCGUGUGUGUGCGUGUGAAAUUUGACGUUUCACUGACUGAGACUGUGAUUUAGUUACCUCUAUUCAGCCCGAUGAUCAUCUAGUGCAGCUGAUUUUGGCUAUGUGUUACUAACAAUGCUAUUGUUAUGUCAUUUAAAGUGUACUUUGUUUAUCUGAAGUCCACAUUAAACUCAUGUCUCACACACACACACACACACACACACACACACACACACACACACACACACACACACACACACACACACACACACACACACACACACACACACACACACACACACACACACAGAAAAAUGCAUAGUGUUUGUGUUUUCUAUAAGUACUUUAUACUGAAUCUAUCUCAGGGCAUCCACCAUAAGAUCUCACUGUGAUAAUAUACAGUGUAUUUGGAAACUAGACUCCUUCUCCUUUUCCACAUUUUGUGACGUUACAGCCUUAUUCUAAAAUGGAUUAAAUAAAAAUCCUUAUCAAUCUACACACAAUACUCCAUAAUGACAAAGCAAAACAGGUUUUCAGAUUUGUUUUUGCAAAAAAAAGGAACCUUAUAGGAAAAGGAACCUUAAGUAUUCAGACCCUUCAUUAUGAGACUCGAAAUUGAGCUCAGGUGCAUCCUGUUUCCAUUGAUCAUUC